CUUGGACAGAAAGAAACCCUGGGAGGGAAGAACUUGGGGAAGGAGAAGAAACAAGAAUCCUUGAAGGUACUUAGGUGUGUAGGAAAAAUGAAGCUGACUCUAGUGCAGAUCUUUUUUGUGAUGCUGCUGCUUCUGCUGGGCCUGGGGAUGGGCCUGGGCCUGGGGCUUCGCAUGGCUGCAGCAGUCCUGGAGGUUAGUGAUCAGCCACUGAAUGAGUUUUGGUCCAGUGACUCCCAGGACAAGGCUGAAGCCACCGAGGAGGGAGCAGGCACCCGAACCACAGACACCCUGGUGCUCAGCAGCAAAGGAGUGGCUCAACUUGACUGGCCAGAAGAAACCAUCCCCGAUAUAGAUGAGGUUGGGAGCAAGAUGCUCAGAGCUGAGGCUUUCCUUCAGAACAAAAAAGAUGACCAAAGGUUUGACCUGGCCUCCAGGGAAUGCAAUGUCAUGAUGGCACGCAAGAUGAAGGAGCACAACCUCACCUGCAUAGCCCAGUACACGUUCAUCCAUGAGGAACUGGACACAGUCAGAGGUGUCUGUGACAGUCCUGGUUUUGUCUGUGAGCUCAAGGGAGGCAAAUGUCACAAAAGCUCCCGCCCUUUUGACUUGACGUUCUGCAAGUUGUCCAGACCAGGCCAGGUCACUCCUCACUGCAACUACCUAACAUUCAUUUUGGAGAAGUUCGUUGUCAUGACCUGUAAUGACAUGAAGCUCCAGCUAACCCCUUAACAGUGAAGAAAAAACACCCUCUUUCCCCUCUUCCUUUUCUACUUUCUCUUACCCACCUUGCUCCUCCUCCUCUUAGGUAUACUGCAGAGAUGGUCCUAGAAAGUGGGGCUGGCCGAUUCUUUACCACUGUCCCCUAAAAACAGAAUCCUUCUUUGUCCUAGAAGUCAACCAACUUGAGUUUUGUCCCUGGGAUUAAAGGUGUCAGAAUAGGGUUCUGAUGUUCAGUGUCUCUAGGUUCUCUGUUUCUCUAGGUCCUUGCACUGAAAAGAGAUAGCAAAGAGCUAUUCUUGGUCCCUGCCAAGGUCCUGGUCAUCAGUCUGUUCCCUGGUCUGAGUUUGCCUUUGGAUGUGAACUGAAAGAAUUGAAUGCCUCCUUUAGCCAUGUCCUUCCCCUGUACCCCACUCAGAGCCUUUAGGGCAAUCACAAAGCCCCCCUGGGUUUGCACAUCUCUGCUGUGGAUGCAAUUAAAGUGAUUCUGUCUGUGGCUGCAACUGGGGAACAAUGUAUAUCAGAUUUUUCUUUCUGAGCCUGGAAAAAUAUAGGUUUGGGGAUUUGCUGUUAAGGUGCUGUGGUGGUACAGACUAAGAUAGAAUAUGUGCUGGGGCAAGGACAGCACUUUUCUCUUCUUGACCCAGUGAACACCUCCUGCCUCUAGUAAAAACACACUCUUCUUUCAGACAUAAAACAUUUAUUCAUUAUCUGCAAGUGAGGCCACCAGCUCAUUCCUAGGAGGGCCAGUGGUCUUCUCUUGUUUCUCCCCAAAGCUACUAGAUCCAGGUACUUACUAGUUCUCCCUUGCUUCAAAGAUGGUUUAAGUAUUUUGUUGUUCCUGUUUUUAAUUACCAGCUUUCUCCUCUCUAUCCCUUGUCAUUUCUAUAUUGUCUACAGCACUUCAUUAAAUGAUGUUCUCUGAGCAUCUAGCCUGAAUCCUAGCCAUAGUUUUACAUUAAUACAUUAUAAGUCUUUAUUCUCUCCCCUCCCCUUGUCCUCUUGUAGCCUUAUCUGCUGUAUCCUCCUCCUUU